AUGUCAUCUGCUUCUCAACCCAAGAUCGCCAUUGUCGGCGCAGGUCCAGUCUCACUCACACUUGCCAACAUCCUUCAGAACAAUGACAUAUCCUUCACCGUAUUCGAGGCUGCCGACUCUAUCCGCAGCUCCGGUGGCUCACUCGACCUGCAUCCCGAGUCUGGUCAGCUCGCACUCAAAGAGGCCAAUUUAUGGGAUGCGUUUGUUAAGCUUUCACGGCCAGAGUCGGACUGCGAUAAGAUAGUCAAUAUUGAUGGCGAAGUUUUGUGGGAUGAGAAUGUGAUACCGAAGCCAGAGCAGAGCGAAGAAGAGAAGUUUGCUGGAAGACCGGAGAUCGAUCGCAGACUGCUACUGAACAUCCUCUCCGACAAUCUGAAGAGUGAAAAUCUGAAGUUCAGCAAGAGACUUGAUCGUGUCGUCGCCUCGAGCAGCGAGCCAGCAAGGUAUGACCUCCACUUCGUAGAUGGAACUCAAGAGACGGAAUGGGACCUUGUUGUUGGCGGGGACGGUGCCUGGUCAAGGGUGCGCUCGCUAGUGACUGAUGUCAAACCCGCAUAUUCCGGCAUCUCGAUGUUAGAAGUGAACCUCCACAAUAUCCACGCAAAUCCCUGGCUAGUCGACUUCGUCGGGUUAGGCUCAAUGUUCAGCUUCGGUGAAGGACGAGCAGUGAUUGCUCAGCGACAAGGCGACGGAGGCUUACGCACAUACGCUUGCCUAAGGGUGCCGGAAGACUUCCUUAAAACAUGCGGCAUCGACUGGAGCGAUCAAGACACCGCGAGGAAGCAGUAUGUUGAGCGGUACUUUUCCGACGUCGGCGAAGACUUGAAGCGCGUCGUGCUUGAAUGUAAGGACGAUCUUACUCCUCGUCCACUGUACGAACUUCCUGUCGGCUUCACUUGGCCUCAUCGUUCCGGGGCCACGCUAAUUGGAGAUGCUGCACACGUCAUGACUCCAUUUGCGGGUGUCGGUGUCAAUACUGGUAUGACAGAUGCACUAGUGCUCAGUCGCGAGAUCAUAGCUGCGGCUAAAGGAGAGAAAGGGCUGGACGAGGCUGUGCAGAGCUAUGAGAAGGAAAUGUUUGCCAGAGCGGAGAAGUACAUGCGCAGAACUGAACAGGGGAAGCAGAAUCACUUCAGCGCGGAUGGAGCGAAGGAAUUUGCAGAAAGGAUUAAGGCGCAUCAUCAGCCUGCAUGA